AUGGCUAAGGCUUAUGACCGUAUGGAAUGGGCUUUUCUGCGCAAAAUGUUGACAGCUUUGGGGUUUGAUGUGCGAUGGGUGAAUUUAAUUAUGCUUUGUGUCACAACUGUAUCCUAUAACAUUAUGGUUAAUGGUGUCAGUAGUGGCUCAGUUCUACCCACCCGUGGCUUAAGACAAGGUCUUGUUUUUGGGGGGCAUUACAAGGCAGGUGUUGUUAAGCAGUGUCUGAGUUUAUACGAGAGCCUGUCUGGUCAGGCAGUUAAUUUUCAUAAAUCUAGUGUAUGUUUUAGCAGAAAUACCACUGAGGAGGAUAGAGAAGUUGUGGCUGCAGGUCUAGGUGUGUCUCAGGCUCCCAAUUUUGGAAAAUAUCUGGAUUUGCCUUCUUUUGUGGGGAGGAAUAAAAGAGUUGUGUUUUCAUAUAUUGAGGACAAGAUUAAACACAUGAUUGGUUCGUGGAAUAAGAAACUGCUUUCUCAGACUGGUAUGGAGGUUUUCUUGAAAAGUGUGACUCAAUCUAUGCCUACAUUUUCUAUGAGUGUUUUUCUGCUUCCUGAGUCUGUUUGUUUAUCUAUUGAGAGGACCAUGAACAGGUAUUGGUGGGGUAGUGGUAACGAAAGGGGAAUUUAUUGGAAGGCUUGGGACCGUCUCUGUGUCCCCAAGAAGUUUGGAGGUUUGGGAUUUAAGGAUCUGCGUGUUUUUAAUCUGGCCAUGUUAGAGAAACAAGCUUGA